AUGAAAAAAAUCGAUAAUAAUAUCUUUAGCAUUUUAGUAAAUUUGAAGUUCAGACAUUGCGUAUAUUGGAAAUUGAUAAGAAAAGAGGUAGAAUAUAACAUUGAAAAUUCAUUUAACAUUUCCAUAGCUAGAUUCUUGAAGAAUACUUUUUAAUGUAUACAUAAUUUGAGUUCUUUAAUUUUUGACACAUCCUUCUUGUUUAUCAUCUUUAUUUAAGUAUAAUUAACGAUUUCAGUUAACGAUUUACAGAUCGGAAUAUGCCUGAACAAAAUCUUUAUCACUACUUAAAAUAUGUAAGAUGUGUGAU